AUGUUUAAAUCACAGCUCAUCACGGCUCUUUUCAUAUUGUUCUUUUGUCUUUCUCCUAUUUACGGGGAUUUUGAUUACAUGCAACUCGUUUUAACUUGGCCACCAUCCUUUUGCUAUCCAAGGGGUACUUGCAAGCGAACAUCGAACAAUUUCAUGAUUCACGGUCUUUGGCCCGAGAAGAAGGGGUUUCGUCUGGAGUUCUGCUCCGGCGGUAAAGCCUAUAAGAAAUUUGAACUACAUGAUCAUAUAGUCAAUGAUCUGGAUCACCAUUGGAUUAAAAUGAAGUUCACCGAACAAGAUGCUAAACAAAAACAACCUCUCUGGAACCACGAAUACACAAGACAUGGAAGGUGUUGUUUCAAUCUCUACGAUCAGAACGCAUAUUUUUUACUAGCCAUGCGCUUAAAAGAUAAAUUAGAUCUUGUAAGAACUCUCAGAAAUCAUAGAAUUACCCCAGGGACAAAGCAUACAUUUGAUGAAAUCAAAAGUGCUAUUAAGACCGUUACUAAUCAAGUAGAUCCUGAUAUCAAGUGCGUCAAGCAUAUAAAUGGAGUAGAGGAAUUAAAUGAGAUAGGCAUAUGUUAUACCCCCUCGGCCGGUAGUUUUUAUCCAUGUCGUCAAAGUAAUACAUGCGAUGAAACGGGUACGGCAAUUUUAUUUAGAUAA